AUGGAUGAGGCUGGUCCAUCGGGUGAUUCUGCUGGAACAAAAUCCGAACAGCCGCCGGAGGGAACAAAUGCGGAUUUCGAGAGCUACCUCGAUUUUGAUGUUCCUUACAGUCCUGAGGAACAUGCGCUUAAUACUUUCAAGUAUUUCACAAAUGAGAAUAAGAAGCAUUUGGACUUGAUAUUUGAAGCGAACGGGAAGAGAAUUGCUCAAACUAAUCGACUUCUGGUAGCAGCGUUCAGCCCACGUCUGGAAGAAGCAUUACUCAAAGCUCCUACAGGAGUGGCUACACUAGAAUUCGAUCCUACAGCUACUGGAAUCACUGAGGAAACUCUCCUACAGGUACUUGAUUAUAUACAGACGGGAUCAUGUCGAUCUUCUCCACAAUUACUUCAUGCGGCUGAAUUUCUUGGCUGCGCUGCGCUGAAGGAGUUGCUGGAUUCGACAAGCGACAGCGACCUCGAAGUACAUGACGACUGGCAUGAAAUUCGAUUCCUAGAACAAUUAGCUCGAUUUAGAAAAGAAUCUAAGUUUUUCGAUUGCAACAUCAUAUCCGGUCGUCUGGGUGUGAUUCGAUGUCAUCGCCUUUUGAUGUGCGCCCAUAGUCGGCAUUUGGAAGCUGCGUUGAGUGGUAGUCUGAGUAGUGGCACAGUCACAAUACGGAUUGAUUCACGAAACGUGCUCAUUUCACCAGAGAACAUGAAGUCGAUGGUAGAUUUUGCUUACACUGGUGUCCUGGACGUGGGACGUAGACGCCUUAGAAUGUUGAGGGUUUCUGCUUUCGACCUUGGCAUGAAUCAGCUCGUCGAGCUCAUUGAUCAUAAAGUUGGUCUACUCUCUUGCGAGGAACAGGAUGCGGCUCAGUAUGGAGAAUAUGAAAUGAACUUUGCGAGUCCAGCCGAAGAAGAUCAUCCUGUUUCUGUUGGUGUCGCCCACGAUUUCGUCCGCAGUUGUUCGGUUGACUCAGACAAGGAUGAAGAAAGUGCUACGAUCUUGCAAGGUUCUUCCGCUGAAGACAUUACCGCUCAAGCAGCAGAUGAUUACGAUUCCAUCUAUGAAGAGUAUGUAAUGGGACCUAGACGUGGACGGAGAAAUACAGCUCGGAUUACUCGUAACAAGUAUCAACCCCUUGUCCUCGGAGGAUCUAGCAUGAUAUCUUUGCGCGAAGGUCAACACGAUGUUACGGUACCGGCUGUGACUAUGUCGUUUCUACAAGAAAAUGAGAGAAAAACAACAGCAGUUGAUAGUUUUGGUUAUGGGUUACCAGAAAUUGUGGGAGCUAGUGACGUCACAGUCCCAUUAAUUGUUGGCGAUCAAAGGGCGAUGAUGGAAAAACCAUUUAAAUGUCCAUAUUGCGAUCACAGAUCCAAGGAAAAGGGCGGACUAGAGAAGCAUAUUAGAUCUAUACAUACGUUAGAAGCUCCCUAUAAAUGCAAGUACUGUAACCAGUCCUUCAAAGUGCAAAGCAAUAUGGUUCGGCAUAUCCGCGCUCACACCGGCGAGAAACCGUACGCUUGUAAGAAAUGCGGUGUCAGUUACGCAGAUAAGAAGAACAUGGAUGCACACAUUUUUCGAGAGCAUCUAAGAAUGCGUGAAUUAGAAUGCACAGCUCCAGGAUGUUCAGCUCGAUUUUGGCGUCAUGAUCGCUUUGCUUUUCAUUGUUUGAAGCGGCAUGGAACUGUACCACAGUUUCUUCAGUGA